AUGGUGAAAGUGAGAACACUGAUUGCAUUGGCAGCAUCAAGGGGUUGGAACUUGUAUCAAAUGGAUGUCUACAAUGCAUUAUUUCAAGGAGAUCUAUAUGAAGAGGUGUGCAUGGAGCUUCCUCAUAGAUUCAGAAGACAGGGGGAGUCAAAGGGAAUGAUGAUGGUCACAUACAGGAGACAAAAGAUGGAUCAUGAGACAAGCAAGGGAAUUUUGUUGAAUCAAAGAAAGUAUGCAUUGCAAUUGGUGUCAGAUCUGGGAUUAGGAGGAACUAAGCCAGCAGCAACACCUAUUGAUUUGAAUCAGAAAUUUACUUCACAAGAGUAUGAUCAACAUACUGGUGCAUCAGGAGAUGAGGCAUUAGGUGAUGCAUCAGCCGAUCAAAGAAGCAUUGGGAGAUUGCUUUAUCUAACAAUAACCAAACCAGACAUUAGCUAUGUUGUACAUACUCUAAUUGAAUUUAUGCAAGCACCCAAAAGAUCUCACUGGGAUGCAUCAGUUAGAGUAGUAAAGUACAUCAAGAAAGACCCAGGAAUGGGAAUUCUUAUGAGUAGUGUACAGUCAAAUACCUUAAGCUGCUACUCUGAUGUUGAUUAG